GAAGAAUAAGAAGAAUUAUAGAAAUCAAAACAGUGCUCCUCAAUUUUGUUAAAAAAGACGUGGAAAAAUAGAAGAAUAAAGUAUUUGUGAAUGUGAAAAAUUGAUUAAAUUGAUUCGUGAGUGUCUCUUUAGUGAGGUGUAAUGAUAUUUUUGCCUGGAACCUACAUAUUUCUGCGAAAAUUUCGAUUUACUUCAUUGUUUGCUUUCUUUUGCAAAAUACAGCUGAAUUGAAUGAUACUCUCUGGGAAACGAUGACACCAAAAAAGUGUUUGAAAAGAUUGGCUUAUCCUCAGAAACAGAUUGGCGAUGCAAUUAAUGCUGUUAAAAAAGGUAUGUCAGUCCUAAGAGCUGCACGUGAAUAUGGAAUUCCCCGAUCAACUCUGCAGUAUAAGGUGUCUGGCAAAGGAAAACUAAACACACUGGGAAGAGGAGGAUUUCACAGUGCUCUAGGCAAUGAUAUUGAGCAAAAACUGGUCGAGUGGAUUGUGCAAUGCGCAAAUUUUGGGUUUCCUAUUAGUAAGGAGACUCUGUAUUCUGGGGUGGAAACUCUUUUGAAAGAAGCAGACAUACAGGUAAAAUAUUUCAAAGACAAUCGUCCAUCGCCUAAAUGGAUCUACGCAUUUUUAAAACGCCAUCCAGAGGUUCGUCAAAAGAAAGCCGAAUAUGUAAACAAGGCACGCGGAAGUGUCACGGAAGCCAAAAUCCGUGCUUGGUUUACGCAGAUUCAAACUGAAUUAGGAGAAAAUGUCCACAUCCUCCAGGAAUCACAAAGAGUAUUUAACAUGGACGAGAGCGGGUUUAAUCUUUCUCUACAGGGAGGGGUUGUAAUUGCUCCUUUGAAUCAUCACGCAUACAUUGAAUCUGAGCAUUCGGAUAAAGAGACCCAAACAACAUUGUUUGCUGUAAAUGCUGCUGGAGAUUUCGCACCACCUUUAACCGUGUUUAAAUACGAGAGAAUGCCCCAGCAAGCCGCCACCUGUGCACCUACUCCAGAUUGGGGUUUAGGCAAAACAGAGUCGGGAUGGAUGACCUCGGAGUGCUUUUAUGAGUAUAUUGCUAAUGUGUUUUUGCCGUGGGUGAAGAAGCAAUGUAUUCAACUUCCCGUUAUCGUUUUUCUGGAUGGUCAUAAGUCCCAUCUAUUUUUGCCUUUGAGUAAGUUUUGCGCUGAAGCAGGCAUAAUAUUAGUUUCGAUCUACCCAAAUUCAACACAUAUUCUUCAGCCGUUGGACGUGGCGGUUUUUAAGCCUAUGAAGGCUAACUGGAGGCGAAUAAAGACAGCCUGGAGGGUUAAACAUGGACACGAAAUGAAUAAGUUUAAUGUACCAGCCGCCCUGCACAUGAUUAUCUCAGAUCAAAGAAUGAGAGGAAAUAUCAUAUCGGGAUUUCGUGCGUGCGGUAUUUUUCCAUUUAAUGCAGAUGAAGUUGACUACUCUAAAGUUAUUAAGAGGAAGGAAGAAGUGUUGCAAAAUGAUUGCAAAGAAACUGACCCGGAAGAAAGUGCGGACGCCGUCUUCCUGAGGAUGCUAGAGAAUAGAAUUGAUGUCUCCACGCUGCAUCAAUUCAAAAUGACUAGGAUGAAGAACACUCACUGGAAGGGAGAUGUUGAAUCGAAGAAUUUAUUUGAGUUUUGGAAUAAUGCAGUCUCUCUGGCUGAAGGAGCAACGCCAAUGACAGUAAAUCCUUUGCUGUUACCAGAUAAUGGCUGUUUCACUGAAGAUCCAGUGUUGAUUACAAGUGCUUCCUUGCUUUCGGUGGACAAUAAUUCUGCUUUUUCAUUGGAAGAUAGAAAUGAAGAAUAUGCUUCACUUAUCGAGGAAGAUGAUUGGUUUAUUUCUAACACAAAUAACCAGAAUGCACUGAUUACUAUUGAAUCAAUUCUUUCUGAGCCUACUCUCAGCACGUCCUCAAUCAGUGGAAAUGACGAUGAUAUUGUUGCCACUCAGGCCCCGAAAAUGAUGUCCGCUCAACUUCCAGUGUCUCCUUCCAGCACAUCCUCGAUCAGUGUAAAGGACGGUUGCUCCUUCAUUCCAAUCAAGAAGCGAAGGGUCUCAGAAAUUCUUCAAAGUGUUGUGAAAUGGCCAGAAAAAUCAAAAACAGAGAAACAGACAAGACAAAAGGAAAUCACUCCGUGUGCCGUUACUUCCAAAACAUGGAUCGAAAUUAAGGAGGCCAAACAAGCUGAAAAGGAGAGGACAGAGAAAGAAAAAGAGCUCCGAAAAAAAGAGCGUGAAGAGAAAAAGAGGAUACUUAAUGAGGAAAAAGCACAAAGAAAGAUUAUGAUGGAAAUAAAGAAGACUGAGAAAAUGAGGAAACAAGAAAAUGUUGGAAAGAAAAAGAAAAUUAAGAAAGAAAAUUGAUUAAAUAAACAAUAAAUUUAUUAUGAAUUUCAAAACAUGACUUUUUAAUAGUAUUAAACUGAUUUUUGUGGUCCUAAGAACUUGAAAACCAUAUAAAUAAAGUGCCAAAGAGGUCCAGAAUUUCACUUGCCCAAUGGUACCGAAAUUGCCAAUAGGUACGGAAUUUGGUAAUGAUCUUGAAAAAUAUUUUUUUUUCUAAUUUUUAAAGCAUUUUGAGCAAAACUGUUGUACAGAUCGAUAGCCAAAUAAAUAAGCUAAUUACCUCAUUUUUUUAAAAACAAAAAAUUACAAAACAACAGAAAAUAUUAAUGAGCAAAGUCACAAAAGUUCUUAGGGUGCCAAUAGCUGUUCCUUGCACCCUAUAGAACUUAAUUCAGUACACGAUUUUUUCCAUUAAGAUUAAUGGCGGGACGAAUGUAAAGCGGUCUUCGGACUAGAGGUUUAUCCCAGUUCCAGAAGAUUUAAAAAUUCUAAAUAGCGAGUAAUUUUAUUGCUUUUUGAGAGCUUAACAGGCCAACCAUCUUUAAUAAUCCAACCCUAUAAGUAAAAUUUUUCCAAAAAAUCGUGAUUGAUAAGAAAUUAGAGCAGUUAAGCUAUAUGGCUAAGCCUUAGGUCUGAAGCCCGUAUAAUUGUCUCUAGUAUCUCCUGUUUUAUUUCCUAGUUUUGUACAAACGAUGCAAUGUAGACAGUGAUUAUCCAAUAUUGGAUGGAUUAAUUAACUUUAUUUGUAUAAAAAAAAAUACUAUAAACCAUUACUGCCGUUACUACACGACUGCAUGCAGUAAAAAAAUUAUAUUACCGAAUUACUGUACUGAGCAAUAUACGUUAAUUUUACUGAAAUAUGUUUAAAAAGAUGCCUAAACACAGUUAUCCAGUCAUACUAAGAUUUACUGAAUUUAAGUUUGAUUACUGGAUUACUGUUUUUUGGACCAUUAUUUUAUUUGAUACAAUACGAGUAGAUUAAAAGAUAUAGUUUUUCAGUAAUUAUUCAGUAAUUUAGUAAUAAAUUUAAAUUAUCCAAAUGAGUUCUGUAUAUUUCCAGGGAUCCAAAAUACUGCACAACAAGUACCUGUAGAGCCCAUUGGCUCAGAUUCAGUAAUAGAACCUAGUAAAAUGCGCUUCAUUACAGGAUUACUAAAUUACUCUACCGCUAUCCAAUUUUUUUUUUAUUCAGUAUAACUGGGGGAAAAACUUUUUAAUAAUAAUCCAGAUAUACUUUAUCUAAUAUUUACGUCCUGAAUGAUUAUUUGCUUACUAAAACCGGUGAGAUUGUUCCACUAUAAGUUUAAUAUAUUAUUGAGUAAUUGUUUAUUUUUUUAGUAUUCCAGUAUUACAGAUUUAAAAGAUAAAUUUGUCUAAUAAAAACUUCUUAUCCAUUAAUCGAAAAACUUUCAGAUCAAUGAAGUUCUGGAUAACUAUCUGUUUUAUAGAUAGCUAAAUAAUUAAAUCGAAAGAAUUACUGCCCUUAAGUAAUUCCAGUAAUUCAGUAAUUUUAAGUUCUAGAAAUAUAUCAAUUGUGUAUACCUGGACUUCAGAAAAUCUUAACCCGAUAGAAAGAUUUAGAAUUAUACUUAACUAUAAAAUAAUCCUGUAAAAUUUUAUUCAAUAUUAAAUUAAUGUAAAAAAAGUAGUCAGUACUAUAUUCCAUGUUUAUCGGUAAAUUAUUUAAUAUUGGUCAGUAAAAAAUAUGAAAUUUAUCCUAAUUGCAAUAUAUUUAACAUUAUUUAUAAAAUUCAUAUUUACUGACAUUUUUUACGAAUCUGCUGCCCAGUUUGUUGCGAUCCUAAUUAAAUAAUUCCAUUUUUUGUUACUAAUUUACUUGAACUAGUAUUAAUUUAUUCUGAGAAGUAGAAGAUACUAGGACAGUAGUAAGCAUGGGGUAGUUGUAAACACUGCGAUUUUUUAAUUAAAUUUUAGACUUCAGAGAAUAAGAUCUAUGUGAAUUCAUAGAUAUUAAGUACAUAUAUACAUAUAUAUAGUACAGAUAAGUACAAGUAGUGUAGACAUUAAAUCAGUCUUCACAACUACGGUAAAGUGAUAUAAGUUGGACAUAGUGUUACAAGUUGGACAAUUCGCCGGUACAAGUUGGACAUGGCUUUUUUCUUGAUAAAUACAGUACUAUUUUUUUUAAGCACAAGAAAC